AGUAAAAGUUAGACAAGCGACUGUUAUAGUGCACUUUUGUUGGAAAUGGCCAAUUUAAAGUAUCUAUCGGGCUUUGGAUCAGAGUUUUCUUCGGAAGACCCGCGGAGGCCUGGCUCACUGCCCGACGGACAGAAUAAUCCACAGCUAUGUCCAUAUGGUCUUUAUGCGGAACAACUUUCCGGUACUGCGUUCACCGCACCAAGAAACGAUAACAGACGAUCAUGGCUUUACAGGAUUCGACCAUCCGUUAUCCACAAGCCAUUCCGGAGAAUAAACACUGCUAAAUAUCUCACCCACAACUGGGAUGAACAGGAACCUGACCCAAAUCAGUCUCGCUGGCUUCCCUUCGACUUACCACCAGCAGAUGUGCCAGUAGACUUCGUAUGCGGUCUGCACACCGUCUGUGGCGCCGGGGAUGCGAGAGCCCGUAACGGUCUCGCCAUUCAUGUGUACCUUUGCAACACCUCCAUGACUAACAGCGCCUUCUACAGCAGCGAUGGAGAUAUGCUAAUAGUACCACAACAGGGUGUUUUGAAAAUAACAACUGAAUUUGGCAAAAUGGAAGUAGCACCUAAUGAGAUUGCUGUCAUCCAGCUGGGAAUGAGAUUUGCAGUACAUGUAGAUGGUCCAUCCAGAGGUUACAUCUUGGAGGUGUUCGACGGACAUUUUAAAUUGCCGGACCUUGGUCCUAUCGGUGCCAACGGGUUGGCCAAUCCUCGCGAUUUUCUCACUCCAGUGGCGCAUUACCAAGAAAUAGAAGUGCCUGAAUUUAAGAUAAUCAGCAAGUACCACGGUGCGCUGUUCGAAGCCACUCAGGGGCACACGCCUUUCGACGUGGUCGCGUGGCACGGAAAUUACGUGCCCUACAAAUAUGAUCUCAGCAAGUUUAUGGUUAUCAACGCGGUCGCUUACGACCACUGUGACCCAUCAAUCUUCACUGUGCUCACAUGUCAAUCCACAAAGCCAGGAGUAGCAAUCGCUGAUUUCGUGAUAUUUCCACCGCGCUGGUCCGUGCAGGAACAUACUUUCAGGCCACCAUAUUACCACAGAAACUGUAUGAGCGAGUUUAUGGGCCUCAUCCUUGGCGCGUACGAGGCGAAAGAGGGAGGUUUUCUGCCCGGUGGCGCUUCCCUGCAUUCCACGAUGACGCCUCACGGUCCUGACACCAAGUGCUUCGAGGGUGCAUCUAAUGCUAUUUUGAAGCCAGAGAAAAUCGCCGUAGGCACACAGGCAUUUAUGUUCGAGUCGUCCCUCAGCAUGGCCAUCACAAAAUGGGGAGCAGAGACCUGCCAAAAACUGGACGCCAAAUACUACGAGUGCUGGCAAAAUUUACCAAAACUGUUUUCAGACAAAUUAUAACCAUUCCUUUUAAUGUAAACUGAAUUUAUUAGUUUGAAUGAAACUGAAUUAUUUUUAAUAUACGAUUUGAUACC